AUGACACGCGGCCGUGCCCGCCUGCGGACGCCCACCACAUGUCUCCUGGCCCUGCUCGCCACGUGGGGCAGCUGGCGAGCAGCUUCCUCGUUGCAGUUCGUGCCGAUUUCCAGCAGAGCCCCGGCACAUGGGCCUGAGCCAGCUUCUGCAGAGCGUUCCGGGAGCUGGACCCAAGCAGCCGUAGCCGGCUUGCUCAUCACGCCCACCGCAGCUUUCGCCGAGGACGGUGGUGAUUGGUUCGACCCUUUCGUCACUUUGAACGCCAACAUCAUCGAGGCAAUCGACAGCGUGAUUGGGUCUGCCGGCGCAGCAAUCAUCCUGUACACGAUCCUUGUCAAGGUGGUCACCUACCCGCUGCAGCAGCCGGCCUUGCGCGCCUCCGCGCUCUUGCAGAUGCUGUCUCCACAGCUGGAUGAGAUCAAUCGGCAAUACAAGGAUGAUGAGGACAAGAAGGGACAGACCCUGCGGGAUCUCUAUGGCAAGGUGGGACUGAACCCAUUCCUCUCGCUGGUGCCGGUUCUGUUUCAGAUUCCGCUCUUCGUGGCGCUCUUCCGGGCUAUCGGAAGACUGGCCUCACAGGACGACCACUUCAAGGAGCCGUUUCUUUGGAUUCCAAGCCUCGCCGGCCCGGUUAGCCAAGGGAAGCCCAGCCUGGAUUGGCUUUUGAAGACCCGAUCCAGCGAGGCGUUUGAGCCCCUGGUGGGUUGGCAGGAUGCCACGAUGUACUGCGUGCUGCCCCUGCUGGUUUUCCUUGCCCAGUUCCUGUCCUCCAGGCUGUCCGCGUCCUCCUCGGAGAACUCCACGAAUGGCGUCCUCUUCCCGCUUUUUAUCGGUAUUUCGACGCUGGUCUCCCCCUCUGGAGUCGGUGUGUAUUGGUUCACCAACACGGUGCUGACCACCGCACAGAUGAAGGUGACCCAAGACGAAGUCGCGGAGGAGUUCCCGGAGUACAAGAAAAUCAAAGACGAAGUUGAUGCCAAGGAGAACGGCGCGCGGUACACGCGAGCUUCGCCUUUCAAGGAGGAGGAUGCUGUCAAGAAGAGCGUGGACGCGCUGAAGGAGCCUGAAGCUCCUCCGAAGAAAGCCUCGCGGAAAGAGCGCCGGAGGGGGAGGGGCCGUAGCAAAUCCCGGUGA